AUGGAGAGGAGGCAUGCAGCCCUCUCGCCACGCAAGCGGCUGUUGCGCAGACCAACCACCUCAAGCAGCAGACCACAACAAGCCCAGCAGCAGGUGCAACACCUGACCGAGACUGUGAAACGACUCCAAGAAGAGAAUGCGACACUGAAGCAGCGGCUCACUGAUCUUCGUCGCGCGACUCGUGCUUCCACCAUUGUGAAGAAGGCGCCAACACAGCAUGCACUGCCUCGCAUUCGGUCUGCCCGAAAGACAGAGGAUACAGACUUGAAACAGCAGGUGCAGAACUUGCGCGAAGCCAACGCCACGCUGCGACAGCAGCUCACCUCCCUCAAGGAGGAGCAAGCAAUCGCGGCAGCGGAGGCAAGGGCAACCAUCAAUGCCCAGAACACACGCGCGCACGAGAUGAGCGCAGAUAUCAACAGGCUCACCCACACAGUUCGAGAAGCACAAGACACGCUCAAGAAGGAACAAGAUGAGAAGCAAGCCUUGGCCGCCGAGGUCAAGCAGCUGCAGCAGGAGCUGGAUGAAGCCAAGCGUGAGACGGCCGCAUGCGCUGCAAUUGCCCGCGCGCAACACCAGCGCCACGUCAGCCCCACAGAGCAGGACUCGCGGGUGCGGCGCCUGGAGCACGACAUGGCCAUCCUCCAGGCCGACAACGACCGCCUCACGGAGCAGUGCCUCGAACUCCAGCGCGAUGCUGCUUCCACGGCAGAUUUGCGAAAGCAAGUCCACACCCUGAAAGCAAAGCUCGCUUCUGCAGAGGCGGAGGCGGCGCGGUCGUCGGGCAGUGGUGACGCGGCUGCACAGGCAGAGUGGAAGCGCAUGUAUCAGGAGUGGAUGAAGAAGGCAGAGACCAAGAUCAGAGAACUGCAGGCUGCAAACCAGCUCAUCCAGAAGGUGUGCACAAGAGAGAAUGUGUAUGUGUGA